AUGAAGAAAUCACAGAACUCUGCAGAUUCAACUCAGCAGUAUUCUGAGCAGAGCUCAGGCAUAGUCACUGUCUCUGAAACCAAGCUCUCUCUGAGUUCCUCUCUGAAUGAUCACACAGGGUCAUAUGCCACUGUAUUAGCUGAGGAAGGGGGCGGCGUUGCAACAGCGGUGAGAGAGGCAGAGAAUGAACUGGACACAGAUGCAUCAGCCAGCAGAAGAGACAACACCUCACUGCACAGUGUGACUACUAUCACUGCAGCCACAAGAGAUGCAGGAGAGAAAGAAGAUGUGACAAUGAAAGCAGUACUUUCACAGCUCAUUGACACUGUCUUCACCUUCAACCUGGCUUUCUUGACAGUCACAGAGACUGCAGCUGCAUCAUGA